AUGAACUUCACGGAGAAAGCAGUGGUCAAAUCAGCAAGCUCUUUUCAGAAACUGGAAAACAGAUCAUUACUACAAGUUAUUCUUGAAGUAGGAUUUGCGUUUGUUAUCCUCGUGUUGGCUGCACUAGGAAACUUUUUAAUGAUGGCAGUCAUGUAUAAGAAAACACAACUGCGGACGACACCCAACUUGUUUGUCCUCAAUUUAUCCGUGGGAAAUUUUCUCCUUGCUGGUGCAGUUCUCCCCGUUUUUAUCUGGACGCUGAUAAAAGGAAAAUGGACUUUUAGCAAGACAUUUUGUGAAAUUCACGGGUACCUGAACUAUCUAUUAUUUGCUAUUACUCUUUUCACUCUAACAGCAAUCAGUUUAAAUCGCUACAUAUUAAUUUGCUAUCCUGGCAGAUACCACGAGAAAUUUAACAAGAAGCUUGUGGUAAAAAUAAUCGCUGGUAUAUGGAUUUUGUGCAUAAUCUGCUGUACCCCGCCACUGUUUGGUUGGGGUCGUUUCAGCUUUAAUCCUCGCACAGCUCUAUGCCACAGCGACAAUACCAGUAACUCUUUUAAAUACGCGGCCAAUACCUUCAUGCUGCUAGACAUAAUCAUUGUGGUAUUUUGUAACAUCAAAAUUGCUCACGCAGUGAAAGCUCACCGUAGAAGAAUUGCUGUCAAGAGCAGAAAAUUAAAGAAUGAGACCCUAGGGAAUGACAAAGUUAUUAGCUCAAAUAAAUGUCGAACAGAGGCUGUAAAUGUCCUAGUUUUUCCAAAACUACAGGCCUGGCAGUCAUGUUUGAGUGGAAAUCCGACUGGGUCGAUCUCGCCGAGAUUUAUCUACGUUUCCCAAAGGCCGGAAGAGUCUAAUAUUGUUGAAGCGAAAAACGAGGCAGGCACUACCAAAACAGAAGAAAAGAAUAAAGAGACUCAUUUUUCGACCGUGUGCUUUAGAAAAAACAUUACAAAAGAGGUACAAAACAAGCCGCAACAGACACGAGAGCUACGCGGCGACGAGAUUCACAUAACCAGGACCGUAUCUCUGAUUGUCCUAGUUUUUUGUUGCUGUUGGCUUCCAUGUUUUAUCAUGGACAGUAUGGAUGCAUCUGGCUGUUACCCCCCAAGGAAUCUUCGAAUGGCAGGAAUUUACUUAAUCUUUCUGGACAGCGUUGUGGGGCCAUUCGUGUACGGUAUGAGAAAUAGAAAAUUGCGAAAAGCUUUCGUAGACAUUUUAAAAUGCGGUAACUAA